AAGCAGUUGUAGGGAAGGGGACAAAGAAGGAGGAGGAAACAGGGAGGAGAGGUUCUGAUAUAAAAGAAACUCUCCUUUUCCUUGGGCCUGGAGCCCUGGACCUUGGCACCUGCCUUCCCCUCUCCUGUCUUCUACCUGUAAGGAGGUCCAGGCCCUCUGGGUGAAAAAUCUCCAUGGACUUCUCUACAGCUAUACAGGAUGUGGCCUCCCACUAUCUCUCCAUUUUUGUGAUUGGAUUCUACAUCUUGGGAAGCCUGCAGGAAGGUAGGGAGCUGAUCAUCCUAGUGACCCAGGUACUCUCUCUGGAGCUUCUGAUCCCCAUGCACCUAGCUCUGAUGAAGACCCUGCAUGUGCUGAGGACCUACUUCUGGUGGUUCCUUUCUACCCUGUUUCACUGGAGCCAAAGAUGCAACCUGUCCCUGUGGAGGGAACUGAGGCAGAAACAAGGAAAGGUCCUUUUCGACUGGACCCAGCAGGCAUACAUUGGCUUAGUCAUCUUCUGCCAAAAGAACAGUAAUGCCUGCAAGAGCAUUCUGGAUAAAACCACAAGACAGCUUCUCUUCACUUCGCUUCUCGAAUACCUGGACAAGUUCUGGGUUCUGGUCUAUCAAUGGACCCAGAUCAUGAUAACUUUUUCCAUCCGAAAGCAGGUCAAGACAUGGUGGGGUUUCCAUUCCACUGCUGUUCCCUAUGAGCCUUACGCUCCUAUUCUUCCAGGGUGCCAACAGACCUCUGACCCAAUGAGUACCAGGGCUGACCUCACCUACUGCAAGAGGCCUUCCCCCAGAUUCCACCGGCGUCAGAUUCCUGGCAGGGCCCAUAAAGUGAAGAGAGAAAAGCAGGAGCUGUAAGGUGCUCCUGAGCACCAUGGUCCCAUGAAACAGGAAAAAGGAAAGCUGUGCCAGUGAACUUUGGGGUAGACCUGAUCUCAGCCCAUCUGGAGCACCGAGUAUCACUGCACUUCCAUGCACGAACACCCACUCAAUUUGUUGAUAAUAAAAUAAAGUGACCAUGUGUGAAA